AUGGGGCGCAAGGAGGAGGAUGGCAGCGGCUCCUGGAAGAAGCAGACCAGCAACAUCCGCAAAACCUUCAUCUUCAUGGAGGCCCUGGGCUCAGGUGCCUUCUCUGAAGUUUUCCUGGUGAAGCAGAAAAGCACUGGCAAGCUCUUUGCUCUGAAAUGCAUCAAGAAGUCUCCUCUCAACAGGGACAGCAGCCUGGAGAAUGAAAUAGCAGUGCUGAAAAAAAUAAAGCACGAAAACAUCGUGACUUUGGAAGAUAUUUAUGAGAGCACAACCCACUUCUACCUGGUCAUGCAGCUGGUGUCCGGGGGAGAGCUGUUUGACAGGAUCCUGGAGCGGGGUGUUUACACGGAGAAGGAUGCCAGCCUGGUGAUCCACCAGGUGCUGACAGCCGUCAAAUACCUGCACGAGAACGGCAUCGUGCACCGGGACCUGAAGCCUGAGAACCUGCUGUACCUCACCCCCGAGGAGAACUCCAAAAUCAUGAUCACGGAUUUCGGCCUGUCGAAAAUGGAGCAGAACGGGAUCAUGUCCACGGCCUGUGGGACUCCAGGAUACGUGGCCCCCGAAGUGCUGGCCCAGAAGCCCUACAGCAAAGCCGUGGACUGCUGGUCCAUCGGGGUCAUCACCUACAUCCUGCUCUGUGGGUACCCUCCUUUCUAUGAGGAAACCGAAUCCAAGCUCUUUGAGAAGAUUAAGGAAGGCUACUUCGAGUUCGAGUCUCCGUUUUGGGAUGAUAUCUCCGAGUCAGCCAAGGACUUCAUCCGGCAUUUACUGGAGAAGAACCCGAGCGCGAGGUUCACCUGCGAGGAGGCCCUGCGGCACCCCUGGAUUAAUGGAAAUACAGCCCUUCACCGUGACAUCUACCCAUCUGUCAGUGCUCAGAUCCAGAAAAACUUUGCAAAGAGCAAAUGGAGGCAAGCCUUCAACGCCGCGGCCGUCGUGCACCACAUGAAGAAGCUGCACAUGAGCGGCCACGGGGCAGCUGAGGGCUCUGUCCCUGCCACAGAGACCUCAGAGCCCCCCAGGCCCAGCAGCCCCACCGGGACCCCCCCGCCAGCAGCGCCAAGCGAUGACAAGGACACAGCUCAGGGCCCCUCUCAGGGGCACCCAAACCCACCCAGACCCCCUCAGCCCCAGCAGGACCCGGGACUGGGGGAGGAAAAGCUGCCAAGCUCCCCAGAGGAGGGACCCCUGCCUGGGGACAGCAGCCUGGCCCUGCCGGACACCCCCAGCCCCCCAGAGGAGGGACCCCUGCCUGGGGACAGCAGCCUGGCCCUGCCGGACACCCCCAGCCCCCCGGGCAGGAGCUCCUGUGGCUGCAGCCCCUCCUGUGUGGGCCAUGAGAAGAUGAAGGCGUCCUCCUGCUCCGAGACAGUGCUGCUCAAAAAGUCUUCAAGAUCCCAUCAUUUCAAGUCAGAGGUUCUUGUUCCAAUGAAAACCAGUAAACACUCGUCUCACUGUGGCACUGGGCAAACUGGAGUUUGUUUGAUCAUGUGAUGGAGGCAGCCACGUGGUCAGAGAACCAGAAGGGCUCUUUUACUCUUUUCUGCACUUCAGAGCCAGACUCGGAGCAGAAAGGAGGCUCUGCCCAGCCAGCAGCUCUGGAGAGCAGUGACCAGCUGGGGCCAGGGGCACAGCAGUGCCAGGAUCCAUCCCUGCAGUCAGCUCGGGGUGUUUCUGGAUCAUUCCAGCUGGGAGGAGGCGAGGGAAGGUCUGAGGCUCCUGCUCCCACACCCAGUGUACAUUCUCAUAGGGCAUCACCAGUGCUGUGAGCUUCUGUUUCCUGCUCCCUGUUUAGGUGUCACUGCACAAACACCCUGAACAACAUCAGCCCCACAAACCAAAGCCAUGCAGAGCUUUACUCCCGUGGCAGCUCCCAUGUUUUUACAGCCCUCUCCUCUCCUCGGGCUUGGUUAGUCCAGGCUUUGGCACUCUGGAGUUCAGCUGCCCAGCCCUCAGUGCAACAGGAGACAGAACCUGCUAGAAACCUCCCUGUGUGUGACAAUACCACAGCAAGGUCUGAACUCCC